AGAAAUUUCCAUCAAAUGAGACAGCGGUAUAAAAUCCAAGGGCCAGAAGCAGAAAACUGGCGAUCCGUCGUUUCAGUGCGACGAGUGCCGCGAUCGGUUUCACGCCUCGAAUCGUUUUCAACGGGCGACAAAACUCGCGGGGAAAAUUCAGAGAUCUACGGCUCGGCUAACGGGACAGCUUCUUCAGGAAAGAUGUCGCGAGUACUCUCACCGGUCGAGGUGGCCGCGCACAACGACGAGGACGACCUAUGGUUCGUGUACAAGGGCGGCGUUUACGACAUCACGAAGUUCGCGAAGGAACAUCCGGGCGGCGAGGAUGUGCUGAUCGAACUGGCCGGGAAAGACGGGACAACGUGCUUCGACGAAAUCGGACACACCACCGAAGCCGUGCAACUGCGGGAGAGCUAUAAAAUUGGCGUCUUGAGCGAGCCCUUUUCCGGAGAUCCGGCCGCCGACUCUCCCGGUGAACAAAGCGCGACAACAAACGACAACGUCGACAACUGGGAAUACAAGCCGGCGAAAAACGAUUCCAGCAUGUUUCUCGGGUUCAUCGCGGCCGGCAUCGGCGUCUACGGCAUCCUGCUUUAUUACUUCUGGCUCUCGUAAAAACCGGACGUUACUCGAUUCGGACGCGAGUUAAAACACGACAGGGAAAAAGGCGCCGCCAUGACUAGUAAAAUUCUAAUUUAUGUCGAAAUACAGUAUUACUUGUAUGCGAUUAUCUGAAAUAAAAACGAGGAUAGGCCACGCGACGAUUCUUGGCAAAGA